AUCAUCGUGCGAUCAAUGAUAAGGUACAGCUCCGCUUCGUUUAUCCUCGUAAUUGUACGUUCUCCGUCAACGAUUUUUUUUUCUAAUUCAGUGUCGUCCAAUGUACAAGUGUGUGCGUUACCUUCAAUGUUCUGUGCCGUAAUUUUUGACGGGUAACCUUUUUAGUAACUUUCGUUUUACAAUGUCACGGUUAGAAAUCGAAACCAACGGUUUUCAUAGUGAAGGGCAAAUGGACGAAGUAUUUGAAGAAAUUUCGAUAGAAGUGCCUUGGGGUCAUAUCGUCGGAAAAUGGUGGGGGAGAAAGGAUAUUCAACCUGUCCUGGCGAUACACGGAUGGCAAGACAACGCGGGCACCUUCGACACACUAGCUCCACUAUUAAUAGGACCGAAAGUAUCGAUACUAUGCAUCGAUUUGCCCGGCCACGGUUUCUCCUCGCACUAUCCGAAAGGCCAAACCUACUACAUCUUCUGGGACGGAGUUUACCACGUGCGACGGAUCGUGAAACAUUUCAAAUGGGAAAAGUUCAGCAUAAUGGGACAUUCGUUGGGUGGCGCGAUUGGAUUUUUGUACGCCUCCAUUUAUCCUGACGAAGUAGAUAAAUUAAUCUCGCUCGAUAUUGUGUGCCCGCCCGUGAGGGACAUUAUAAGUACCAUGGGCGAGACGAUCGAUCUAUUUUUUAAAUACGAAGCGUUGAAACCCGAGGCGUGUCCGCAGUAUGAAUACGACGACAUGAUUGACAUAACUGUUGACGGUCACAAUAACAAACUCACUCGCGCGUCUUGCGAGAUAUUGAUGAGACGCGGGAUGAGACCAACACCCGAAGAUAAAUCAAUUUAUCGUUUCACCAGAGACAUUAGGCUUAAGUCAUCUAUCAUGUCGGCGCUUACGCUAGAGCAGGCAUAUGCAUUUGCUGUUCGAAUAUCUUGCAAUGUGCUAAACAUUAGGGCCACAAUUCAUUCUAUUCAAUUGGAAUACUAUGAAUCUGUCUUGGAUAAAAUUAGGACAAAUGCCAAAGUCGAAUAUCAUCUCGUCAAUGGAACGCACCACGUGCACUUGAAUAAUCCAGAACGUGUCUCUGGUAUUAUCUCAAAAUUCUUAAAAUCAUAGGUAUCAUUUACGUAUACAUCUAAUUUAUUAAAAGGUUAUCUGUUU